AUGGAGGGUGAAAGUGGCAAUUUGGCUACAUUCUUUGAUAUUCAGAACAGAAAGCAAUUUUUUGACACUAUAUUUUCAAGCUCUGCUAACACUACAUGUGAUGGUGACUUAAAACAACUCUUCAACACCUUAGAGAAACUACUAAUGUCUGAUUUACGGUCCAUGUGGGAUGUUGUUAAACUGACACACUAUAUAGAUGUGAAAAGAAUCCCCAGAGGCCUCAGAAUCAAAAAAUAUCCUAAUUAUGAUCUGGAAGACAGUGAUUUACAGGAUGAAUGGAACACAGCUCUAAAUGAGUGUUCUCUAAAGUUGUUAGGAGUAUUGGUAAAAAGCAAAGAAAAGAAAAGGAAUAAUCUGAAAGAUAAAAUUCUGACCACCAAAGCAGACCUAAAAACACGUAAAACUGAGAAACAAUAUGCAGAAUUAAAAUCACAAAUGAAAGAAAAAAUAAAGAAAGCAGAUGCAGAAAUUGCUGAAAAGAAAAAGAACAAAUUUCUACGUGACCGCGAAGACUAUGACAAUAACAGAGUAUACGACUGGUCGAGGUUCCGCAGACGUCAUAGGAGACCUACAAAGAAACGGUCGAAUGACGGGGAAGAUAACAGACCCCUCAAACCUAUUUUGAAAAAAGAUAAAGAACGCAGGGUGGUCUUCUCAUCCACCGAACCGGAAUCCACUGACCGUGACUCUGAUUCCACAGGAUCUAGCGAUGAUACAUCUGUUCCAGUGUCUCCCCACCCCUCUUCUCUUUCCUUUUCUUCACAGGUUACAUCAAAGAAAGAUAAAGCCAAUAGUGACAAGGCAGUUCGUCCUAAAACUCGCAAUCAGUCAAGCAUCCCUUUAGGAGACGGACAAGAAGAUCAAGGAAGAAAAAGAGAAACAAACAUGGGAAAACAACAGAAGUCGCAGAAGAAGAAAUAA